AAGAAAGAAAUCGCGUUUCUCAAUCUCUCUCUCUAGAAAUCGCAUUCUCAAUCUCUCUCUUUCUAAUUCACUAUCUCAGCAUUGCUUCCCCUGAUAUUGAAAGCAUAUACGCAUGGGGAUUUCUCUCUCUCUUUGAUGAUCACUGCUUUCUCUGUUAGUCUGUUACUUUUGACGCUUUCAGAUGUUUUCAGUUGAAUGUCAAUCAUGGCACUCACUUUCUUCUCGAGCCUGCAAAAUCUGUGGCUGCUUUGGGCCGACAAAGAUUUGUGGGACUCAAACCGCAUAGUUCAGGGCCUUUCAAUCCCUGACCACACCAAACAUUUUGUGUUCGCAAUCUAUGAACCAGAGUCCCAAUCCACAGUAUACAUACUCGCUGCUCAAAUCCUAUCAGAGUGCUCCGCUGGCGAUGCUGAAUGCUUAAUCAAGGCAACUCGGCCCCAAGCUGUGGUAGCCCAAAUAUCACCUUAUGCAUUGGAAGAUAUUCAAUCUGAAUUAAGCAAGUCUUCGAUUUCUUCAAUACCCACUUCACGUUGGGAGGUUCUGAAGGUGUGUUUCAUGGAGAAAAUUAGCAAACCACACUACGAAGAAUUAGCUGGGUUUCAAGUUCUGAAAGAGAUCUUUGGUGUUGGGUUUUAUGGACAUGUAUUGGCUGCUAAGACUGCAGCAAAGGAGGUCAAUUCUUGCUUUCUUUUUCUUGAAUCUCCUCUAAGGAGCUCUAUUGGGCAUUGUGAGAGUGAAGGAGAAGACAUGAGUAAUAGUGGUAACUUGGGUUCUGAUGCUCAGAAGGGGGCUUCUUCUUCAAAGCUCCUCCCACCUACUGGUUUGGUACCAGGAAGAUUGAUAUCUCAUGCAAGUGGUGCCGUUUCAUUGGGUUACAAGAGGUUUUGCGUUGCAAAUUUAGCUGAACAUGCAAUGGUUAGACCGUUAGUUUCAUCUGUAGCAUUAGUUGAAUCGGGGUCUUCAGAUUCCUUGGCAAGUACCUCUGAAUUGAGAAACAAUUAUGAAGCCCCUCCAUUUGCCCAAUCCUUUUACGGCUUAUUAACUGAUUUGCAUGAUAUAUAUGCUGAUAUUCCGGCCAUGAGGACAAUGCUGGUUUAUGCUCAAAAGAUGCUCGACCAUGUCAAUAGAGGUGAAGAUGUGCAUAGCCAAAUACUCUCUGAAGUUCACAAGUUCAGAGUUGCAGUCGAAGGGCUAAGAUACAUAAUAAGCAGUACUAACAAGAGGCAACAGAGCAUGUCAAAUGUUGAGUAUUCAGGUCUCAGCCAAGAAGAGAAAUGCAAUGCUCUUUUUGCCCAAUCCCUAAGAAACCAGGCCAAAAAGUGCAAAUCAUUGGUUGCAGUUGUUGAUGCUAGCAGUUUGGCAGGCAUAAGAAGGCACUGGAACACGUCUUUACCCCCUGAAAUUGCAGAAUCAACUGCGCAGUUAUUCGCAGCCGAUGAACUUGGUGGUGAGGGUCCUAAUGAUAAUUCAGAGAAGAAAAGCAGUUUAGUAGAUAAGCCUGUGGUGGCAGUUGGGGCAGGAGCAACAGCGGUUAUUGGGGUCUCUUCGCUCUCUAAAGCAGCUCCUGCAUCUACUUUCAUGAAGUUGCUCACUUACAAAUUUCCAGCUUCUCUUAAACUUGGAUUUGCUCAAGCUCAAAGAACUGCAAUGGUUACUCUUAGUAAGAUCCUGAGCCCUUCCAAAGUGGUUGCUCCACUGAAGGCAGCCAUGCCUGGUGCUGUGAGCUCAGGAGCCAAGGCUACCCCGGCUAUGAAGGCAGCAGCUUCAGCUGAGAAAAUUAGAGCAGUGGCUCAUAGUGUCAUAGCUUCGGCUGAGAGGGCGAGCUUAGCAGCUAUGAGGACAGCUAUAUAUGGGAUUAUGAAGAAAAGGAGAGGGCACCCUAUUGGGCUUACACCUUGGGCCACUUUUGGGUGCAGCGUGGCUGCUGGCACAGGGCUGAUAAUGUAUGGUGAUGGGAUUGAAUGUGCCCUUGAGUCUCUACCGGUGGCUUCCACAAUUGCAUCCUUGGGCCAAGGACUUAGAAGUCUACAACAGGUUUCACAAGUUGUAAGGGAGACAAAUUCUUCGAAGAUACAGGAAAUGAUACUGACAACGGUAUAUAAUAUCAGGAGGCAUAGAAUUCAGUGAACCAGCUUUGGUCUAUUUCUGGUAGGUGGAUUUUAUAUGAUGGAUUAUAGCUUAAUCUGAUGCAUUCAUUUGGGGGUCUGAUUGUUUUUUAAUAUUUCUCAUUUAGUUGUGUAAAUAUAAAGUGAUUUGUUAUGAUUAACCUACAAAUUGUAUAUGUUUUUGGUUGUCAUAUUGCAUAUACUAAUCUUUUAUACACCUGAAAUCAAAUGUGAGGUUGUAAGGUC